GGGACUUUGGGAUUGAUUCCGGUGAGAAUUUCGGGUAAUUUUGACAAAGGUCAUUGGCAACACUGGAAUCAUGGUUCGUGGUCGUGGAUCUUGGAGGCAUAGGCAUGUGACAUGUUGAUGUUGAGUUUGAGGUUAAUUUCCGUUUUGUUUUGUAGUGGAGGAAACUCGUGGUUAUUCAAAAAGAUUGUAAAAUGCAUCUAUUCUAUUUGUUUGUUGAGUUGAAAGUAAAGAUCUCAAACUUCAUUCAAUAAAAUCAAACUCUAUUCUUUUUGAACCAUCAUUUUCAUUAUUUAAAGCACUUUUAUAAGAGAAUGGAGCAAGGCGAAAUAUGUGGUUAUAAAGUCAUUCCGUUGAAGAUUUACAAGAAUAGUGCUGCCCACCAUUAUUUGUAUUUGAAGGAACAUUCCAUCCGAGAGAAAUGUUUGGAAAAGCCCAGUGACAGGACGUUGUUUGUGCUGGGAGUGCCUCCAUACUGUACACAAGAGUCACUGUCAGCCAUGUUUGCGAAACAAUGCGGUCGAGUGAAGGCGGUGUACAUUCACAGCAAACCCACUUCAUCAGUUCCUCCCGUUGAACAGUCUAAAUAUUUCCGAUUACACGAGAGUAUCACCGGUUUCAAAGUUGCAUACAUAGUAUUUGAAAAAGAAGGGAGCCGCGAGAAAGCGAUGAAGCUGGAUUCGUCUGUACCACUCGUGUUGACAUCCAAGGAUGUGACUGUGCCUUUUGGAAUCGAAAAAUGGCUCGAGGAGUACAACGAUUCAAUUCCAAAUGUUGAUGAAAUGCUAAAGGAUAUCAAUGAUUAUGUUGGAAAUUAUGACAUGAAAGAAUCUGAAAAUAAGGAAAAGGAGAAAGCACUGGGUGAAGCGGAUGAAGAUGGAUGGGUGACUGUCACUAAAAGGGGAAGGAAGUCAGUUAUUGCGAGGAAAGAAAGCGUCAAUAAGAAGAUAAUGAAGAACGAGAAGAAGAAACGUGCUAAGAAAGAACUAUUGAACUUCUACAGGUUCCAAAUAAAGGAAUCAAAGAUGAACAGUUUAAUAAAACUAAGAGAGAAAUUCGAAGAGGACAAGAAAAAGAUUGCAGUAUUAAAGCAGACACGAAAAUUCAAGCCCUUCGCUUAAAACAUGUUGGUUGCUGCUCAACAUUACAAAGCCAAUUCAUUUUCCAUAUUGUUUAAUGAUAUAUUAUAGAGAUAAAUUCACCUUAAAUUAUGUGAGUUGGAGUUGUUCUUGCCUUCUUGACUGACGUCAGGCACGAAUGGAUGAGAAGUGGUAUGGUGACGAUGUAGUUUGGCCUAAUCAAGGUUUAUAGAAAGAAGGUCAGGACACCCAUGUUAUUUUUGAAGAGAGACUCAAUAUGUCUAUUCCAUUAUAUCAAAAUAUACUACUUUAUACACACUACACUAUUAUAGACUAGACUAUUACUAAUACCAGAGAAAACUCCUAUAAUUUUAAUGAGGUAUUCAAAUAUUUAAGCGAAAAUGGAGCUCCUAAUAGACUCAAUGCUAAGGAAAGAAUUCAAUUUAAAAAGAAAUGUAAGCCAUUCUAUGUGCUUGAUGGUAAAUUGUUUUACAGGAAAAGGGUAAAAAAU